UAGAAAAACGAAACAAAUCUUUCUGUAAUAUUUUAGGACGCCUGCAACACACUUCCCAUUAAUCAAAGCCCCGUCCCAUACUCUCUUUGCUCUGUACAUACGUCUCUCUCCCUUUUUUUCACACACACAAAGUUGCCUAAUAAUUUGUUUCACCUGCCCAAAUUUCUUUUUGGUUCCAUUGCUUGCCAUGUUACUAAUCUUUGAGUGACAAAGAGUAGCAUCUUUGCGCGUGUCCCAUUCUCUUCUCCAACCCUGUUGAAAAAGGUUUCCUAUAUCAAAAUACACCUGAAAAGUCUGAUGGAGGUUAAGCUAUGGAACGACAAGCGCGAAAGGGAAAUGUACGACAACUUAGCUGAGCUCUUUGCGAUUAUCAAAGCAACAGAGAAGCUAGAGAAGGCUUAUGUUCGUGACAUCAUUUCACCACCCGAAUACGAGACCGAGUGCCAGAAACUAAUCGCUCAGUUCAAAACCCUAUCUUCUACAUUAAAGGAUGCCGUACCUCACAUCGAGCGAUUUCACGACAUGUACAAAAUGGAUUGCCCUUCUGCCCUAAACCGGCUUGUGACCUCUGGAGUGCCAGCUACUGUAGAGCACCGAGCUAAUGCUGCAAAUUCAAGUGCCACAUCAGCUGCUGUUGUGGCAGAAUGUGUGCAGAAUUUCAUCACUGCAAUGGACUCGUUGAAGUUGAACAUGGUCGCAGUUGACCAGGUCCAACCCCUGUUGUCGGAUCUGUCGUCUUCCCUUACUAAACUAUUGAUUUUGCCUUCGGAUUUUGAGGGGAAGACAAAGAUGAGAGAGUGGCUUUUGAGGCUUUCAAAAAGGGGGGCUGCAGAUGAGUUGACAGAACAGCAGGCUCGCCAACUCCACUUUGAUCUGGAAUCCUCGUACAAUUCUUUCAUGGCAGCAUUGCCCACUGCUGGAAGUUAGUUGAUGGCUAUUCCAAUAGGUGGUAUGUUAGUAAAUAAGAUUGUUGUUUUGUUUAGUGAGUUCACAACACAUCAUUCUAUCUUUAGUUGAAGUGCUGGUGCCAUUUUAGGUACUACGAACUCAUAGUGGAUAGCACUUCUAUCAUUCUAUAUGCUACUUCUGCAAAUGAGCUAUAUUCUUGGAUUCGAGUACACAAAGCUUUAAACUUAGUUUUGUAGGUUAAUUGGUAAAUCGUCUCUAUGUCUUGGGUGGUGAUAAUGACAUGGCAUGAGGCUUGCCAAAAA